AUGAAUCAUUCCACUUCACAAUCCGCAGAACCACCACCAAUUUACGAGGAAUCAACAAAAUUGAGUGUUGCCAGAUCGACAACACAACAUGAUAUUCAAGAAUUUACUCGAGUUGAUUCACCUCGCAGUGCUCUGAAUGCUUCGAAACCGUCGUCUUUGGAUAAAACAAAGAUCCUCGCCGUCCAAUGGGCUCAACGACGCGAGAGUAUGCAGAACAUUUACCGUUACAAGAACGUCUCGAAAAUGUUUGAUUCUCCGCGUAAUGUUCGUCACAUCGAACACUCGACUGAUAGCCCGAAUGCUCUUCGACCGGGCACCUCUCGUUUAGAGUUUCGAGAGAAUCUUUCCAGUUUCGCCCCACCAUCGCCUAUACCACAACAGGAAAUCUGUUUGCCGAGUGAUCCGAUUUUGCAGAUAACAACCGAAACCGCCUCAACCCAAUCGGUCUUCUCAUCCAGUUCUACAACCCUUUGUCUUGUGUAUCUCUUCGUUGUCGUACUGUUGCUGUUUAUGUUUAAAUCCUGUUCUGCUCUUGAGUUAUUCAUGCGUACUACAGCAGCUGCCCCACGAGAAGUUGCGUUGAUGAAAGCUCUAAUUGGAGAUGAUUCGGCGUCACGGAAUGUUCCCGGAAAAGUGAAAGUAUCGGCUCCUCAACUCCACGCAAAA